ACUGCUCAGUUCUAAAGAGCUUCUAAUUUCCAUUAUAAGCUCCUCUUUGAAUCACAGGUUAGAUUUUCAAACAUUGCCCAAGUUUUUGGUGGUAGUUUCUAACUUAAUCACAUUGUGGCCUGAGAAUGUGGGCAACAUUUUAGGAAAAUCUGGUUUUAAGAAAUUUUUGAGACCAAUUUCAUGAGCCAUUCGUAGGGUCGGGUGUCCUUGAAAAGAAUGCUUUACCUCAAACUUUCAAAUAACGUUGCUCGAAUUUUCAGUAUCUUUACAUCAGUUCUAGGACCGAAUCUACCAUGUCUCUGGAAAAGGUGGCUGAUUGAGGUUUUGAACCAGGUCUUUGUGAUACUGAAUCUUUGCUCUUGACGGUGUGUUCACCAGGGAACAGGGUGGUCUCUGGUGUGAAGGGAUGGUGUUGACCUUCUCUUUUCCUUUCUGAUUUGAGAUCCUCAAUGAAGACAGUCAACUACACAGAGGUGAGACACUUUGUUUUCCAAGGUUUUUCCAACUUCCAUGAGCAACAGCUCACACUCUUCACUGUGUUUCUGAUCGUGUACGUCCUAACUCUGGCUGACAACGUCAUCAUUGUGACUAUUAUCCGUAUUGACCACCACCUCCACACCCCCAAACUUCUAAGUGUUCUUUCCACAUCAGAGACUUUCUACUCCCUGGUCAUUAUCCCACGCAUGCUUUCUGGCCUCGUAGGUCUGAGCCAAUCCAUCUCCCUGGUGGGCUGUGGGACUCAGCUCUUUUUCUUCCUUGGCUUUGCCAUCACCAACUGCUUCCUGCUAGCGGUAAUGGGGUUCGAUCGCUACAUGGCCAUCUGCAACCCACUUCGUUACUCAAUCAUCAUGAACUGGAGGGUCUGUGCCAUCCUGGCAUCCUCGGUCUGUGCCUCAGGGUUCGUGCUCUCUCUGAUUCAGGCUGUGGCCAUUUUUAGACUGCCNCUGAUUCAGGCUGUGGCAAUUUUUAGACUGCUGUUUUGCAACUCACUGAUUGAGCAUUUCUUCUGUGAUGUUCGACCUGUGUUGGAUCUGACCUGUACUGCUCUGAUCUUUAACGAUAUCCUGACCUUAAUUAUCACCCUGUUGGCCCUCACAGCCCCUUCCACCUUCCUCUUCAUCUCCUACAUCCUCAUCAUCUCCACCAUCCUCAAGAUCGCCUCGGCUGAGGGCCGGAAGAAGGCCUUUGCCACCUGCGCCUCCCACCUCACGGUGGUCAUUGUCCACUAUGGCUGCGCCUCCAUUGCCUACCUCAAGCCCAAGUCUGAAGACACCAGGGAUGAGGAUCUGUUAAUCUCAGUGACCUACACAGUCAUCACACCUUUACUGAACCCUGUGGUGUACAGUCUGAGAAACAAAGAAGUCCAGGAUGCUCUGAGGAAACUGGUGGGUAGGAAAUCCCUUCCCUGAGAUGAAAUCUUAACCCCAUAAAGAGGCAUGCAUGUUUUCCAGAUGGAAGCCUAUAGGUAAAGUUAUAGAGCCAGGGUUUCAAGUGAUUGGUGAAAUCCCCUACGUCACCACCAGGGCCAGAGCAGAAGUGAAGUGAAUCUGGGGGCCAGCUUCUGAUAAUUGAUUCUCACUUCCUCAAGCUCUUUAAUGUAAUAAAAACAUAAGUCACCCUGCAGACUUGGAAACAGACACCUGGCCCUAUUCCAGGAAAUAAUUACAGGGUCAGAGUGUGAGCUAC